AUGGCGAAGGCGAGUCUGAAACCCAAGGCGGCAUCCAAGGGCAAGGCGAAGGCUCCUUUACCGGCAAAAGCUCCUGCAGCCAAGCAGCCUGCAGGGGUACCAGGUGUGGAGAAGAAGAAGAGCAAGCGGAGGUACCAUGGGCCCCCAGCCCCGCGGCAGGAGAAGAAGCCUCGUGGACCCGCCCCGGUCAACCCCCCCGGCUCGAGGCAGGCACGGAAGGCGGAGGAGGAGGCCGCCCAGGCAACCACUGCCACCAUCGCGGGCGCCCCUGCCACGCAGCAGGCGGACUGGUUGUGGGACCGAUACCGCGCGGAGUCCGGCGCCAGCGAGCUGGAGAGGCAGGGGCUGACGGCGGGGUGCUUUGCGCCGGCCCACCCCUCGGAGUGGCUGGAAGAGAGCCUGGCCAGCCUGCCGGAGCAGGCGGCGUUCCUGGGGAGGGGCGGGCAGCACGUGCCCGUCGGCUCGCCUGCCGUCCUCGUAGUGACGGGGGCGGCCAUUCGAGCGGUGUCCCUUAUACGGCAAAUGCCUGCCGUGAACAAGGCAUGCAAGGUUGGCAAGCUCUUUGCCAAGCACUUUAAGCAAGCGGAGCAGGAAGCUGUGUUGUCGAGCACUGUCAUGCAUGUGGCUGUGGGAACCCCAAACCGCCUCAUCAAGCUCAUAGAGGCAGGAGCUCUGAAGCUUGGCAGACUACGAUAUGUGGUGGUGGAUGUCGCCAUGGAUGCCAAAAAGAGAACGGUCCUGGACAUGGCGGAGACGAAAUCUGACUUCUGGACGCUGUUCGCGAGCCAUCUGAAACCCAAGUUCGAGUCUGGAGCACAAUUUGUGCUGACGAGCUGCAAAGUCGACAAGGAUGGGCCCCAGUAA